AUGAGCGAGGACAGUGGUGGCCCAAGCCGUGCCUGUGCCAUCAAGGUUUAUUGCCGGAUACGGCCCAUCAUCGACCAAGAGACAGCAGUUAUAACUGGUGACUCCCGCAGCAGGACGCUUACUCUAACAUCACCGGGGACUGCAACAAAGUGCUAUCGCUUCGACCACGUCUUUGAUAGCCACGCAACGCAAGCCGAUGUGUUUGCGAAGGUUGCUAAGGACGUCAUCCAGCGCGUGCUGUUGGGUUUUAAUGGCGCUCUAUUAGCCUAUGGAGCAACCUUCAGCGGUAAGACAUACACUGUGUCAGGCCCACAUUACUCUUCAUCAGAGCGUGGCCUUAUUCCCCGGACAAUCAGCUAUUUGUUUCAAUUCUUUGAAGAAUCAAAUUCCCCAACGUUUACGAUUGAGAACUACUCUAUUAGCAUCUCUUUUGUUGAGAUUUAUAUGGAGAAGCUGCGAGAUUUGCUAGCAGCGCCUAGCGUUGCUGAAGGGGAGCCGUCACAGGACCUGCAUAUCUAUUCGCUGCCUGUCUAUUCACGCUCAAACUCUGCGUUACCGCCCACUGAGAGAACCCGAGUAGAGAUAAGUGGAUUGACAAAACUUCCCAUAACAUCCCCUCAGCAGGCGCAACAAGUAUUAGAAAGAGCCAAUUCAAACAAAGUCGUGGCCAGUAACAGAAUUAACCAGCACUCAUCUAGAUCUCAUACAAUCUUAAUUAUAACCAUUAACUACACAUUCAGGACUACUGAGGCCCCCAACCUACUGCACCAGCGUAGUUCGAAGCUCCAUAUUGCAGACCUGGCCGGCUCUGAGUCUAUACUCCGGACUCGGGCUGAAGGCGAGCGUCUCACUGAGUCAAAAUACAUCAAUACAUCCCUGCUGGCACUGGGUAAAAUAAUCAACCAGCUUUCAACUGACUGCAGCCACAAGCCUGCGGAGUACACCACGCUUUUAAGCAAAAACUCCUAUGCCUUGCUUUCUCCUUGCAAGCACAUUUCAUACAGAGACUCUUUGCUGACCCGCAUACUCCAGAACUGUCUGAGCGGUGAUUCUAUAACCGCGAUUCUAGUACAUUUCAAUCCAGACCUGUACUCCUUACAUGAGAGCCUAUCUACACUUAAGUUUGCCACAAGAGCAGCACACGUGAGGACGUCGCCAAUGCAAUCGGAGUCUGUCCUCAGUGAAAACGUUGUGCCAGGCACUACAGCUUCUUCUGCUGACUCUUGCAUUUCUACCGAGCAAGACCUGGAUAUUUAUCAGCUGAGAACCACUAGUAUCUAUAAAGAUUCUUCCACUGCGCUUUGUAUUAGCGAGCUUCGGUCUCUUAUCAAGACUCUUUAUACCAGUGGUCAAGCUGCUAUCUCUUCUAAACAACUUGCAAUCCUAGCUUGCGCAUUAGACAGCACCCUCAGUGACGAGGCUCUAUGCUAUGAAGUCGCUCGGUGCACAACUGGUCAGGAGGAAUCCGUCAGCACCUUAUCAUCUUCGGUAUCUGAAACACCCGUGCAAGAUGUGCGUAAGAAACUUUCGUUUAUCGUAGCAGAUCCACAGGCUGAGGAAAUCCAGCGUCUUCUGUCACUCAAUAUCAGGGAAUAUAUUCCUACAGAGACAUUUAAUCGGACAGUCAAAGAGAUAAACGCGUCCCUUUCAGAGCUGUACGAAAGGAUUGAGAGUAGGGACCCUUCUACUUUUUGUACCAUUCUUGCAAAUAUGAAUGACGUCCUCAAAGCGUCCUACAAGUGGAUUUGCAUUGUUUCCGUUUUGCGAAUCCGUGUAGGUGGAGAGACGCUUUUAGUACAUGCGAUCUCACACGAUUUUCUGUCCGUUGUAGAACCCUUGCUUAGGGUGUCACCACCUCUGGCGACCGAGAAGGAUCAAGACGGGUUCUUCCCGCUUCACAGAUUGAUGCGGAUUGCACCGAAAACACUGGAUGCACAGCUGUUCAUUAAAACAUUAACCACCUUAUUCGAAUACAGUCCAGAAAAUGUUAUACUAGAGCAAGCUCCCGACGGCAAGGAUCUUGUGAGAGAAUUUGUAGAAAUCUGCUCUGUAAUUGACGACGAGUUUGGGGCAGCAAUCCUACGUGCCUUUGUAGCAGAAGAAGUUGAUCUGGUGUGUUCUUCCUCAGUGGGUCGCAAUGUGCCUGGAAGGGACUCUGAUAGGCAGCAUCUUAUAUCAAUACUAAUAGAGCUUGAUAUGCCGAUGUGUGUAGGAUGUGUCUUUCAGACAAUGAAAGCCAAAUUGGAACCCUUGGUGACUUCCCACUUGUCGGACCAUGUGCUCAAAUCAUGCCUAGACUUGCUCAAUAGCUGCUCGUUUGAUGUCCUCCUGCAGUCCUGCUUCUUGCAUGACAGAGGCGAGAUCCUACAACACGUUCUCGACAGUUUGGGGACGCCCUAUAGAAUUGCACUCAUAAUCAUGUCUGCUAAAUGCAUUGCACUAUCGCUGACGGAGGGACGAUACAUCUGUACAGCCAUUGCAUUACGAAUGUUAUAUGAUCAGAACACAGGUACUAAGUCCAAUGAACCAGAGUCUAACGAAUCUUCGUAUGCAGUUGCAUUGAGAAUAUUCUUUUCGCAGGAGGUCCAAUGUGAUAAGAAAAGCAUGUUUGCGUUUGCCAGGGGAUUCUUGGACAAGUGUGCAGCGUAUCCAAUGCCAAUACAUGCUCAUACUCAAAGAGGCUGUACGGCGCUCCUGGAACUCCUUGUAGAGGAUUUUCCUGGCAAACGGAAGUUUACUUGCAUUCAGCAGGUCUAUGAAGUUCUGCUUGAGCUUCAACGAUGUAGCGUUCCCAGUGUUGAGGAAUAUGAACAAAUUCUUUGCGGCUGGGACAAGCUCUCACCCACUCUUGUUCGCCAGGAGAAGCUAGGUAACUAUGACUUUUGUGAGCUAUGCAUCAGGACGCUGAACCCCCUGGCAUUCGAGGUCAUGGCGGCUAAGCUCCUCAACAUCGAUUCCGUUCUGGGUGCGCUUCAGCGAUUUCAGUGUCUGUUUCCAGCAACAAUGGAAAAGUGUCGCCAACUUGUGGGGAGUAGCGAGGACUGGGGAGUAUUCUUUACUAAAUUAAAAAUGAAAAAUGAUCGCACCACAGACGAUUGGCCCGGACCACGGUGCAACUAA